AUGAGAAGAGUUCGAGCCGCCGGUUCCAUCAGCCUUAACCCCGGUUCUUUGAAGCUAUUUGCGUGGACUAGAGACUUUAACCAGGCACUUCAAAACAACACAUCUGCUCAAGUUUGGGUUCGUUUCUUUAGACUUUCGCAGGAAUAUUGGAGGCCUCGCAUUCUCUUUGCGAUUGCAAGUUGUGUGGGUACCCCUAUUUGCAUCGACUCUGCCUCUGCCAAGUCUCGCAUUGAUAGAACUUUCGGCCAGUUCGUGAGAGUCCUUAUCGAUAUGGAUUUGUCUUUGCCUCUGAAUCACAAUGUUUUGGUCGAAAGAGAAGGUUUUGCUUUUUUCUCGGAUAUUGAGUAUGAGAACUUACCUGCUUUAUGUAGUCAUUGCAGGAAAACAGGACAUAUUGUUCAGGAAUGCAAAAUGCUAGGUUUAAACUUUUCUUCUGGUAUCCAAAAGAAUCUAGAGACUAAGAAUCAGAAACCGGGGACAAUCCCACCCGAAACUGUUGCUAAUGAUGGAGAACAAUGGGUGGAGGUUGGAAAAAAGAAAGCUUCGAGGCCAGUAAUAACCAAUCCCGAUACUGUCUAUGGUGCUAGUUUGGAUCAUAACCCUGAAGAUUCCACAAGGCUUGUGUCUGUUGAACCCGUUAGGGAUCCUAUUUUACUUACUGAUACGCACGAUGGUGGUAGUCGUGAUCUUGUUACCCAUAUCGUUGGAGGACCUAUUUUGGAACCUGUUACCCACGCCUUAGUUGAAGACAUUUUGGAACCCGUUAAGCUUGUCCCGGCUAGGCCUGAUACGAAUUUCACAGGUGUUAGCAAAGCUGGUUUUGGAUACAGUCUUAAUUGUGUAAACUCUCAGAACUUUGUGGUGCAGCCCUCAGACGAUUCAGAGUCGUCUCUUUCAGUUUUCGUGGAGGCAACGCAAAAUAUUCCCACAAGCAAUAAUGAAGAUUUCCUGCAAGAUUCUUGGGCUACGCUAGGUGAAGCUCCAAACCCGGUUGGUGCUUUCUCUUCGGCAGUUGCUGUUCUGAAAAAGAAGAAAUCAUCAAAGGUUAAGAAAAAGGAUUUCUCUCGAUCUCAAGCAGGACCAAAGAAAUCCUCCUUAUGA